AGAAGUACGCGAAUCUCUCACUACCCGGAGCCAGAUGCAUGUAGCUAUAAACCUUUCAUUCUGGAACCAUUAUCAUGAAAACAAAAAGUGUGUGCGUCUCCUUUUGUUCGGUAGGUUAGGGCUUCUUCUUCGCGAGGGUCUUGAUUUAUUGAUAGAGUAGCUCUGUGCCUUCUCCAAGUGAAAAAAGGCGCAAUGCAUACUUUGGGGGAACCAUAUCCUGUAGAUACAUUACACUCGUAUUUGUAUCUAGUGGAUGGAUCUUGGUCCCAAUUCCUCGAAUGGAGCCCUUGUUCCUUCACUUGUGGACCAGCACAACGCACCCGUCACCGCUUUUGUACCCACCCCAAACCCGCCUAUGGGGGUGCCAAUUGCUCGGGUGUUGCCGAAGAGGUGCAAGUUUGUGCCAAUGACGAUUGUCCCAAGGAAAGGAUCCAAGGCCCCAAUGACAUGAAUCACUAAGCCUCUUUCUGCGAGUUCCAGUUCCUUCUGGACAAGCAAACUGGGAACUUGGGAGUGUCUGUCGGCCUUGGUCUCAAAGGUCUCCUCAAUAUGGGCUUUUUUGCAACAUUAAAAAAUAUUGCAAAUGGGAACAGAGACGAAAGUCGGAAGAAGGCCACAGAAGAGGCCGUCCAGGAGAGUGAGGCCAUCAAGAAACCGUCGAGUAUUCGAGACCUGUGGUCCAAAGUGGAUCACGUGGCCAUUGUUGUGAGCAAUCUGGAAACCAGCAUCGACUUUUACACAAAUAUCAUUGGGUUCAAACAGAUUGGCUUGCCCAAUUUGGAUGGCAACUCUGUCUGCUUGUCUUGUGGAACCUUGAAGAUAUUUUUGGUUCAAGGCGAAGGUCCCAAAUUCGGCGAGGAUGGGACGGUGUUUCCUCAUUUGGCAUUGUCAGUACAAGACUUGGACGCCAUGAAAGAUCGCUGUGCAGAACUUGGAAUUCUCGUGGAAGAGAUUGAUUUAACUCGAAAUCCAAAUUGUGAGGAGGGAUCCAGCAUCCGAGGGCUCCAAAUCCGAGAUCCGGAUGGCAAUUUGAUAGUUCUGGGAGAUGCCGCAGGUCUGGAAGCUUUUAAUGAUGAAGGUCAAGACGGAAGCUUAGAGGUUAUCAUCAUAAAGGCUUUCCACUCAGUCAAGGCCAAGGCCCACCUCUUGGAGCAAGUCGUCAAAGGCAGCCAAGAAUCUGACGGAUUGGAGGUCAUAAGUGAAGACAAAGAGAAGGAACUACUGGAAGAGCAGAGCGUGGAAAAUUGGAGCGAGGUUGAAGUCAACAUGGAUCAGUUGAAGAGGCUUCAAGUGCGACACGAGUUCUAUGGCGAUCUGGUCCAAAACGCUAAGCGAGACGAGUUGCUAGAGUUGCUAAAGCGAUUUGACAACCAUGUGGAUCAGGUCUUGGAUUAUUUACGAGGCCGUCGUCAACGAAAAGGCACCCAAACCUUCAUUCCUCCAGAGUUCACGGAUGAAAAAGGCCAAAAACAUACCCUACCCAGUUUCGAGAUGCCGUUUUUCAUCCAAGAGGAGGAUCAAAUUCACACCAAUGGGGAUGUGACGGCACCGGAGUAACCAACCAAAAUGAUACAUAUUGCAAAAUUGAAAUGAGACUUUUUUUCGAAUUCGAUUAUUUGAUGCCCGUCAUUGAAAGUAGAUCCGGAAAGAGAAUUUGUAUAAAGAUCUUCAUUUAAAUUGAUCCGUAGCAUCCAUCAUCUAAACUAGGCCUGAGGCCUGUUCUUGAUGCAUGGUAAAGUCGAUUGGUUCCACGUUAGCCGAAUUUCCUGCACAUAUUUUGCUCAUGGUUUUGUUGCCCGGUUCAAAGCUUGCCUUUAAAUGUUCUUAAAUAAUUUUAGCUUGUCAUGAUUAGUAAGCCUUAAAGAAUAGUUGAGUUACCCAAACAUAUCCAAUAAACAUAUUAUUAUUAUUA